AAUUAGCCGCUUUCAUUGCGCGAAGUGAGUGGACGGCUGGACCGGAUAGAAGGAACGAGAAUCAAAGGGCAUAUCGGAAAGGAUCCUCUAAACACAUUGUUGGCCUGUCUAAGAGAGGGACAUUUGGGAAUGUUUUCAUUGUCAACAUCCGUCCAACCACAGGUCACUAUCCCCCUGAGUCACCUGAUCAAUGCCGUCCAAUACUUGAAGACUGCAGUGGGCAGCAGCAAUGCCGCUGCUAAACCUCAGCAUAGAGAGCAUGCCUUGGAACAGGACUUGCAGGGCACAGAGCCCACGUGGAGCCUGAGGGACCUGGGCCUGUCUGACCUGGGCGUGGGGCAGCUGGAUGAGCUAAUAAGAGCUAUGGUACCACGUCUGAGUCAACAGGGGGCGCUGUCCUCAUCCAGCCCCAGCCAACAGGCCUGGGGGACCUCUCACCUCUCCUCACAUUCCUUCUUCCACAACAAGCAUGGGUUCUCUGGUGGUAAAAUGGGCACCUCCUACCCUGUUUUCUGCAAACAGAUCCCUUCCCCUCUUCAGGCAGUUUGUACAGAGCUCCGCUAUUGGCCAGUGUGGAUCCAGAACAGAGGCUUUAAAACACUAGGGAAACACAAGCGACUGCAGGCAGGCUUUGAGCGUCCCAUGGAAUCAGAUGGCUUUACACCCUCCUUUAUGAAGGGCCUCCUGACGCGUGAUAAGGGGAUGGAGGUGGAAACCUUGGACAAGCUUAUGAAGAACAAGAAUAUUCCUGAUGGGCAGCAAGAUUCUUUCAAGACCGGGUUUGCUGAGGGCUUCCUGAAAUCCCAAGCUCUGACACAGCGCACACAAGACUCUCUGAGGAGGACGAGGCUGGUCCUGCUGGUCCUGCUGCUCCUGGGACUCUACGGCCUCUCCAAGACCCCCUUCCUAUCGGUACGAUUCCGAACCACAUCAGGCCUGGACUCAGCGGUGGACCCUGUCCACAUGAAGAACGUGACGUUUGAGCACGUCAAAGGGGUGGAGGAGGCCAAGAACGAGCUGCAGGAGGUGGUGGAGUUCCUCCGGAGCCCAGAGAAGUUCACCGUCCUCGGAGGGAAACUGCCGAGAGGGAUCUUGCUGGUUGGCCCUCCUGGUACUGGGAAGACUCUGUUGGCCAGAGCUGUGGCUGGAGAAGCCAACGUACCAUUUUAUUAUGCCUCUGGCUCUGAGUUUGAUGAGAUGUUUGUGGGGGUUGGAGCCAGUCGCAUCAGGAACCUCUUCAAGGAAGCCAAAGCAAACACGCCGUGCGUGAUCUUCAUUGACGAGUUGGACAGCGUUGGAGGGAAGAGGAUCGAGUCUCCCAUGCACCCCUACUCCAGACAGACCAUCAACCAGCUACUGGCUGAGAUGGACGGGUUCAAACCAAACGAAGGGGUCAUUAUCAUUGGAGCGACAAACUUCCCAGAGGCUUUGGAUAACGCUCUGAUUCGACCGGGACGUUUCGACAUGCAGGUCACCGUUCCCAAGCCAGAUGUGAAGGGGCGCACAGAGAUCCUCAACUGGUACCUUAGGAAGAUUAAAGUAGACCCUGAUGUGGAGGCUGGGAUCAUCGCCAGGGGAACAGUGGGCUUCUCCGGGGCCGACCUGGAGAACCUGGUCAACCAAGCGGCUCUGAAGGCGGCGGUGGAUGGCAAAGACAUGGUGACCCUCAAAGAGCUGGAGUUCGCCAAGGACAAGAUCCUCAUGGGUGAGCUCUGCUACCAAGUGGAAUUAGAUAAAAAGAACAAGGAGAUCACGGCGUACCACGAGUCUGGCCACGCUAUCGUGGCGUACUACACCAAGGAUGCCAUGCCCAUCAACAAGGCCACCAUCAUGCCCAGAGGACCUACGCUGGGUCAUGUGUCCAUGCUCCCAGAUGACGACCGCUGGAGUGAGACGCGUGCUCAGCUGCUGGCCCAGAUGGAUGUCAGCAUGGGAGGCCGCGUGGCUGAGGAGAUCAUAUUUGGCAAUGAGUUCAUCACCACUGGUGCAUCAAGUGACUUUGAUGCUGCCACCAGAAUUGCAAAAAUGAUGGUGACCAGAUUUGGUAUGUGUGAGAGGCUGGGUGUCAUGACCUACACUGACCAAACCAAGCAGAGCCCAGAGACACAGGCUGCCAUUGAACACGAAGUCAGGAAACUUUUAAAGGAUUCGUACGAGCGGGCCAGGGCUCUCCUCAAGUCUCAUGCAAAAGAACACCAGAACCUAGCCAAUGCCCUGUUGCAAUACGAGACGCUGGAUGCCAGAGAGAUCAAGAUGGUCCUGGAGGGCAAGGGCCUGGAGACAAGAUGAGACUUCCAAGGGUGGAGGUGUCACGGUUUAAUUUGGGAGAUCGGGUGAGGGGUGGGAAGACAAUAAAUCACUGUCCACGGUGAUUUCACAGUCUACGCAAACAGAGCUACGGAGCUGUACGUGUGUAUGUACAGUGUCUUCAGGAAGUAUUCACAGCCUGAAUUUAAAACGGAUUAAAUUAAGUUUUUGUGUCACUGGCCUACACACAAUACCCCAUAAUAUAUAAAAGUGUAUUUAUGUUUACAAAUUAUAUUUUUUUCAAUGAAAAGCUGAAAUGUCUUGACUCAAUAAGUAAUCAACCCUUUGUUAUGGCAAGCCUAAAUAAGUUCAGGAGUAAACAUGUGCUUAAUAAAUUGCAUAGAUUCACUCUGUGCAAUAAUAGUG